UUCAGGGGCGGUUCAACCAGGUUUCACCCUCACCUAAAAUUAAACCCCUCAUCAUCGCGUUUCACUCUCCUCUACCUCACUUCGCGUCUCAGCCUCUCUCUCAGAUCGCGAUUCCUUGACUCCAUGGCUUGAACCUCUCUCAGCGAUGUCGAACUCCAUGGCUUGAACCUCUCUCAGCGAUGGCGAACUCCAUGGCUUGAAGGAAUUAGGGCUCGAAUUUAUCUUGUUUUGGUACAAUCGAGUGGUUUCCUAGGUUUGGUUUCUUCGAUUUCUUCCACUGUGCACGCUCUGCUUCAGAUCCAAACAAGAAGUUAUAUCUUAAAGCAAUGGAUAAGUCAUGGAUUGAGAUGCCACGAAAUACAAUGGCGUAUGAGAAAGGUGUAAAGAGAUUUAUUGACUUUGCCUUUGAGCGUAGUUCAAUUGAGGGAAAUUGAAACCGGUCGAUCGUAUAGUAGAGCGGAAAUGUACUCCAUUUCACACAAGAAAAGUGAUGGCUCUUUUGUAAAUGAAGAAGCAAAACAAAAGAGUGAUUUAUUGGAGAAGGAACUUGAAAAGAAUUGUUCUGAAGAGGCUGCCUAUGUUAAAGUUUUUGGGAAAGAUCGCUCAGGAUACGUGAGAGGCAUGGGCUUUGGUGUUUGUCCAUCUCAAGUGUUGGAAUCUACUAGCAGCUCUAGUAGCUCGCAAUUUGCUGGCAUCACAUUGGCUGAAUGGAAUGCCAUGAAAUCAGAAUUGCAGGAGAGCAAUGCGAAAUUUCAAGCUUUAGAGGAACGAAUGAAUUCUUUCAUGCAACAGUUUGGAGGUCAAGGGCCACCUAACCAGGUCAAUUUGCCAUGACUGAACCCUCCAAGGACAUCCUACUUCUAUUUUGUUAUAUUUAGUAUUUUGCAUUAAUCCCCUAUCCACACUUAUUAUGUGAUAAACAUUUAUUUUGUAAGUUGUACUUGAUCAUAUUAUACUUACUUCUAUUUUGUAAGUUACUUUUUAUGAAUCCUUUAAAUAGAUUUGGGUGGAUGAAAGUGCUAGUACAUUUGGCAUA